CUGAGCAGUGUCAAAGAACGUUUAUCGUCUGGUGAGCUUCGAGUGACAAAGGACGAAAUAGAAGACGAUAUUGGGCGUAGUGAAAUACCACGGUUUCUGAGUGACAUCUCAGCAGACAGCAGCUCACAGUUAUUGCAGAAAAUGUCAACAGAGCUAGAUGAAUAUGUUCUACGGCAACAGUACUUUUUGCAACAGCAGAAUCAGCAACGUAUUUUUGCGAUGUUGCAGGCAGCUCAAAGUUCUGGCAGUAACGGUCUCGGAUUCAUCUUGCCAACAGCAAACACAUAUGAACAACUGUUAAAUGGUUCAGUGUUGGCUAACAACAACGCUGCGCUUCGGGCGUCUCAGCUGCUCUCUCAAAACCUGGUUGCUAGUCUUGCGGCUACAGUACAGCGUUCGGGCGUCACAGGUACGGGAACUGAAAAGGCAGCCCCAGAAACUCCGUUGAAUUUGUGUAAAAUUGAUGUUGAUAACCCAACGGAUUUGUCGAAGCCGCGCCCCAUCUGUAUUUCUUCGCCGCCGAAGUCGAACGCAUUUUCGGCUUCAAAUUCAUCGAGCCAACAGAUGCCACGUCUACCGUUUAGCUCAAUUAGUCAUGCUCUUGGCUCAGAAACAUCGGCGUUUAGCAGUCAUUCGCCGGUUUCAUCAGGAAAAAGUUCACCAGGUGGAGGGAGCGCUGCUACCGAUACGGUCACGAAUCGGAUGGUUGUUAAGUCGCCCAAUCACAUCAAAAGACCUAUGAAUGCUUUUAUGGUUUGGGCUCGAGAUGAAAGACGAAAAAUUUUGAAAGCUUGCCCAGAUAUGCAUAACAGUAAUAUAUCAAAAAUUCUUGGGUCAAGAUGGAAAGCUAUGUCUAAUACUGAAAAGCAACCAUAUUACGAGGAACAAUCAAGGUUAAGCAAACUGCACAUGGAACAGCAUCCUGAUUACCGAUAUCGCCCGAGGCCGAAGCGUACUUGUGUAGUAGAUGGCAAAAAAGUGCGAAUAAACGAGUAUAAAUCAUUAAUGAAGAACAAGAUCACAGCUCGAACCAGUGACUGGAAUGCUGAUUCAGAACAGCAAAGCUCUUUGAGUCCAAGAAUCCAGAAUUCACAUUUGUCGCCAUCGCUUCUGCCAAAUGCAUCGUCGAUUGCUACCAAAUCGCUUAUGUCACAUUCCACAUUUCCGACGGUAGAUUUAGCAGGUCUCAAUGGAGCGGCGUUAUUGGCUGAUUUGGCACAUCAUCGACGUUUGCUUCAAACUGCAGAAUAA